CAAAACGGAGCAAAUCAAAAUUAUCAACGAUGUGGCUCUCACCGAUGUGCCUAAAUAUGUAAACAAUCCCUUGAAUGCGCUGACAAUGCUUAAACGAUUUACCUCCGAUUGGCAUAUUUUGCAACAAUACGCACACAACGUUAACAACACGAAAAAAAUCGUCCAAAAUCUCACAAAUACUAGAAAGUCAUUAAAAUUCCCGAGCGAAAGUGAUUUCGAUGAGGCAGCCGGCAAUCUACUGCGUAUUCAAGGAAUUUACCAGCUGCAGCCGGAGGGUCUAGCAAUGGGCGAAGUUAGUGGUGUGAAAUUGGGCUCAACAAUGUCCUGGAGCGAUUGUCUGGAAAUUGGCCGCAAAUCAGUACAAAAAGGGGAUUUUAUGAUUGCGAAAUUUUGGAUUGAGGCGGCAUUGGGAAAGCUGCCUAGUGAGGGAACAAAAUCAGCGAUAAUGAGCGCAAAUGCUUCGAAAGAGAUGCCUACUAUAAAUGGCGUUGGCAGUAGUGUGAUAGAGAAAGCGCGCUUAGAGAUUUUGGAAGCGCUGGUGACAACCGAAUUUCGUAUGG